GCUGUUGGGAAUGUCAGUGGCAACACUGUCGCUGAUGGUUUUGCUGGUCCUGGUGUCUGGCAACGUCAUCUUUUGUCUCUGGUACCAAAAGAAGAGGAAAGGGAAAGUAGUUCGACAGACUGGACGCAAUUUGGAGCCACACAGUCUUCACAUCACCCCAAACCAAGUCCAUAGCUUUGUGGAGCACUCUCUAUACAUCAACCACCACACCAGGUCACCUGAUGGCACACUAGACCACACCUACAGCGCCAUAUUUGACCCCGCCUCCCCCCAGAACCACGAAUAUGCCACACUGGAACUCCUUCCUCCUCCCGCCCCAAUCACUGCA